AGAGAGAGAGGUAAGAUUUUUGAAUUCUUCUAAGUUCUGUAGAAAUUUGGUGGUGCCAUGACGUAGUAGAAAGUUUAAUAAUUGCAGGACGGGAUCUUUAUUCGAACCCCUCACCCGCUAGUUUAAUGUUCUCAGCCGCCGUCUGUCUUACAUGAUUGAUGUCAUUAGAAACAGACACAGCAGCAGGGCCAAAAGGAGAAAAAGAAAAGAUGAAGCCGUCUCCACCAGUCUUUAUCGGACGAAACGAAGAGAGAGCAACAUUGAAACGCUUUCUCUUACAAAAAGAUGUCGCCCUCAUUCAAAUCUACGGACUUCCACACAUCGGGAAGACAUACUUUGUUAAAACGGUAUUGGAUGAAUUAAAACGCGAAAAAUAUCCUCAAGAAAUACAUCUAGACAUUGUUAGUUUCUCUUCUGAAGACUGGAAAACGAUUCGAGAGAAACGGUUCAAAGAAUUUUCUGGAAGCAAUCAAAGCAACCAACAAUGCAUUAAUAUCUACGUUUUUGAUGAUUUCCACAAGUUGAACCCCAAAUGGCACCAAGAAUUUCAGCAUUUCCUUCGUUCCUUUUCAUCUUCGCAUUGCAAUAAGAAAUUUAUUCUCAUUAUGGCUCACUGGAAACCGUUUCCGUUGAAGGAUAUUUCUUGGAAAGAAUACAAUCUUCUUCCACUAACCGCUUCCGAUUCACGUCUGCUUUUCUAUCAAAUAUCCAAAGCUGAUGUUUCAAAAGAGGCGGACAUUUGCAUAGAUUUUAUCACCGCUUAUUCUAACUUCCGGCCUGGUUUGCUCACAGCUCUUGCUAAAUUAUUAUCAAAUCAUUUGUCGAAAUAUUCGUUAGAAGAUAUUUGUUCGUACCUCUGCAGUAAAGAUGGCUUUGCUGUGUGCCAAGGGGAAGGAAAUGUCGACCAAUUCUCACGUGUGAUUGACCAUAUAGGAAAGCAUUUAACUCCUAGAAAAACACAACGAAACAACAGAGAUCAAGGACAAAACCAGACGAAUAUAUUAUGUUUAAAAGGAAAUUUUCAAACAGAGAACUUAAAAACAAUCUCUAAAAUCAAUUUCCAAAGACUUCGAUUAGGUAAACAAGUCAGUCAAAUAAUGUUGCAGUUUACUCGUAAACGGCUUAAAUCAGUGAUGUAUCGCUAUGUUAACGGGUCCUUCACUCAUGUAUAUUGUAAUGAUGUUAUUUACCUCAAAUAUUCAAAAAUACUAGGGAAAGCUUUACAGACGGCGGAAGAUAUCUACAAUAAGGGACUUUUGUUCGAAUCAGUUGGAAUUGCAAACGACAACUGGGAGAAAAUAAGCCAAUCCAUGCGUCAAGGGAUUCACCUUACAAACAUCGAAGAAAGUUAUAAAAUAUACUUCCAGAUUGCUCUUCUUGCAGAAUGCAUAAUAUCUUUGUGUUAUCCAAGAAUAUCGAAAGAUUUCUUCCGAGGUUGUCUGGACUAUUCUUACCUUUUUGGAAACCGUGAAGAACAAGCUUUAAUGAUGGCCAUCUACGGAAGGGCUCUCACAGCUUACCCAGAAUCCGGUGGCUACAAAGAAGCUAUGCAAUAUUACACGAAGGCUUUGCCGAUCCUGAAGGCCCGCCGUCUUCAAUACCGAACACUUUUGCUCUACACAAGCAUGAGUUUUAACUGUUAUAUGCAGGGAAAAUACAAGCAAGCCAUCAGGUAAGACCCAUUGACACACUGAGC